AUGAGCGUCGAGCAAUUACGAAGGCAAAGAGGAACGGUCAAGGCAAGAUUGACAGUAACACAAAAUUUUAUAACUCGAGCAACCGAAACCUCAGACAUUACGACGAAGGAGGAGCUCGAAGUGCGCAUACAACGUCUAGAUGAGGCCUAUACAAGGUUCCAGGAUAUCAUGCAGGAAUUGGUGAACAUAGUGCCCGAAGAGGAAUAUCAAGAACGAGAUGCACCAGAGGAGGAGGAUUUAUUAAUACAGCGAUUGUCAGAGCGAUCAAACGACGGAAAUGGUGAUGUGCUAUCGCAAAUAUUGGAGCAGCAGGGUCAGAUGCUGGUGCAGAUUCGUGCACAAUCAAAUACUCCACGUGAAUCGCACGUCAAGCUACCUAUCAUAAAGUUGCCGACGUUUACCGGUAACAUUGAGGAAUGGAAAAGGUACGCUGACACGUUCAAAACUUUAAUCCAUGAUAGCGAGUUGUCGAACGUUCAAAAACACCAGUAUCUCGUGGGAUCACUGAGCGGUUAA